CACGUUUCCUCGAUUUCUCCUUCCAUCGUUGGUUAAUGUUGUUUCUUCAUCUCCGGCGACGAUCUCAGAUUCCGCUCGUAUUUCCCGCCAGCUGACACUUCUCCCUCACUAUUUCUUCCGUGUUAUCGUCUUUCAUUUCCUUUUCAGCACCACACCACCAUGAAUCCUGAGUACGACUAUUUGUUUAAGCUUUUGCUUAUUGGAGAUUCUGGUGUCGGCAAAUCAUGUCUCCUUCUGAGGUUUGCUGAUGAUUCAUACCUUGACAGCUAUAUUAGUACAAUUGGAGUUGACUUUAAAAUUCGAACAGUGGAACAAGAUGGGAAGACUAUCAAACUUCAAAUAUGGGACACAGCUGGUCAAGAGCGUUUCCGUACUAUCACUAGCAGCUACUAUCGUGGUGCUCAUGGCAUUAUUGUUGUUUAUGAUGUCACUGAUCAAGAGAGUUUUAACAAUGUCAAGCAGUGGUUGAAUGAAAUUGACCGUUAUGCUAGUGAAAAUGUUAACAAGCUUCUAGUUGGUAACAAGAGUGAUCUCACUGCAAAUAAAGUCGUGUCCUACGAGACAGCCAAGGCCUUCGCGGAUGAAAUUGGGAUCCCCUUUAUGGAAACUAGUGCUAAAAAUGCCACCAAUGUCGAGCAGGCUUUCAUGGCCAUGGCUGCAGAAAUUAAGAACAGAAUGGCAAGCCAACCGAUGAGCAAUGCCAGGCCUCCAACAGUUCAGAUUAGAGGACAACCAGUGAACCAGAAGUCUGGUUGCUGCUCAAACUAGAGUUGAAGUAUUUGUGGCCUGGACGUUUAUAUGUGUCUACCUGACAUGUAAAACUAGUUUUUUUCUCUCCUCACACAAUGCUUAAGGUGGUUAAUCUUGAUUUGCUUAUUUUCGUUGUUAACAUAUUGUUGAAACUUCCAUUCUUUUUUGAUGUAUUUCAUUUCAAAGGAAAACAUUUGUACAAAAUUAGGAAUAUUGGUGAAUUGCAGUAUUUGCCUUGUUCUUUGUCA